AGUCUUCUUGGGUUAUUGCAGUAGUGUUCCUACAUCACAGAUACACGAAUUACGGGAAAGAUGACGCAUUCAAGUUCAACGCCAAUGUCCAGCCUGAAUUCCAGUCACCUUCAAUACGACCUCGACCUUUAUCUUCGUGAUCAUGACAACAAGUACACCCUAAGAGCAUUGCCUGUCAUCCUGUUUCUUUCCAUUCUGAUGUUGGUUGGCUUCGUUGGAAACUCUCUCGUCUGCUACGUGUAUCUUGUGAAAUUUAAGCAAAGCGCUCUUCGAUGCUAUAUCCUGGCACUUGCAACGUUUGACCUUGUAAUUUGUGUCAUUUGCAUCCCCACUGAGAUAGCAGACAUAAGGUACAACUACACAUUUGGACAGUCUAAAUUGUGUUUGAUACUGCGGUUCCUUGAAACAUUCUCAGCAUUUGCGUCAGCCACCAUACUGGUGGCUGUCGCAGUUGACAGGUAUAGAAAGAUAUGCCGCUUAUUUCACAAACAGACGACACUACUGGCGGCCAAAGUCACAAUUGCUCUCUGUUCGCUCACAACAUUCACACUAUCAUUACCGACUUUAGGUUUCUAUGGUUCAAGAACUGUGAUGACAGGUGACAUUCAUAUAAAUGGUUCCGGUUGCACUAUAUCAGACGACUACAUCAGGACGCCCUACCCUCUCAUCUACAAUGGAGUCCAGUUCUUCAUCUUCUUUUCCUCAACACUCAGUCUCUCUGUACUCUAUGGUUUAAUAUGGCGGCGGGUUGCCAUGCAACACAGGCGUCUGAAAGCGAGCAAACAAUGCAACGUAAACAUGGAACUUGAAAGCAAACCAGGAAUAAUAACAUCAAAUAAGAUCACUCAGACAUCAAACCUCUCCUCAAUAGGCGAAUUGGACAUGCCAUCUUGCAAGAAGAAUAAUUCAAACAGUGUUGAAAAUGAUCUAACCAUUGAAAGGAAGAUGCAACACAAAGCCACACCAACACCAAUCGCAAAGAGAUCGGGGGAUGAUCAUAGCCCGUCAGCCAAAGGUGAACCAAACAUGUCUUCAGAUAAAGUCGAUUCAGGCAAUUCCGAAAGGACAUCUGAAAUGCCAACAUUGGAAUCAUUUAAGAACGACAGUAAAUGCCCACUUGAAGCCACAUCAACUCUCGGAUCAAAGUCAAACAGAAGACUCUCCACGUUUGGGAGAAGAAAAUCCUUCUCUACCUGCACAUCGUCACAUUGUGACAAAGGAUCCCAGAAGACAACAAGGAUGCUGUUUCUCAUCACUCUGGUAUUUGUGCUGAGCUUUCUUCCUCAUCUGGGUCUGAUGGUAACUAGAGCAGUGAACAAGAACGUGUUUGAGGACCUUCACGGAGUUGGAUUCGUUGCCUACAACGUGUUCCUGAGGUCGUAUUUCAUCAACUCUGUCUCCAAUCCUAUCCUCUACAGCUUCUGUAAUGUUCGAUUCCGGCAGGAACUGACUCAGCUUUGGGGAAGCCGUGACCUUGACCUUUACAUUUGUCGUCUUGACCACGAUCGUUACCAGAAGGACAGACCUUCGUCUAAGGAUUCUCUUGAAAGGAUGGACAACGUAAGUUUCCAUGAAGACCAUGACCUUCACCUUCAUCGCCAUGACAACGAGUUCGCCCUGCAGGUCCUAGCCGCCAUCUUGUUCCUUGUCGUUUUGAUGUUGACUGGGUUGCUUGGCAACACACUUGUCGUCUACGUGUACACUCUCAAGUUUAAACAUAGCACCACCCGUUGCUAUAUCUUGGCCCUGGCAAUAUUCGACCUUGUUAGUUGUGCCAUCAGUAUUCCAGUAGAGAUAGCGGACAUGCGUUUCAAUUACACGUUUGGACAAUAUGGAGUUUGUAAAAUAAUGCGAGUGUUCGUAACGUUCUCAUCCAUGUCGUCAGGAGCGGUGCUCGUUGCUGUAGCGGUGGACAGAUACAAGAAAAUAUGUCGGCCAUUUCGAGGACAGACAACACCGUUUGUAGCUAAAGUCGCAAUAACCAUUUGCUCGCUCUCAUCUUUUCUGUUGUCCUUGCCGGCUGCCAUUCUUUAUGGUUCAAGAACUGUGACUACAGACGAUGUUCGCAUUAACGGUUCAGACUGCUCUACGGCGGACGAAUACAUCAAGACACCCUAUCCUCUGAUCUACAACGGAGUCCAGUUUUUCGUAUUCAUUUCCUCAACUCUGAGUCUUAUUGUGCUUUACAGUUUAAUAUGGCGGCAGGUGGCCAGGCAACGGUCUUUCAGGAGAAGCGUUAGGGCUGAGCAAAACCAUGGAAGAACAUUGAGAAUAGUGGUAACGCAUGGGGACCAACCAUCAGAGACGAAUAACACAUCUGAUGAUUUUCUAAGCUCAUCAACCGAAGGAGAUGCGAACAAGGCAGCAAAUGAUGAAAGCAGUUCUCGAAACAUUAUUACCGCUGUAGAACUUACAAUCAAUCCUCAUAAAGAAGAGGGUUGUGGACGUUCAAGUGUUACGACACCCAACUCAAACAAACUGUCUGUUGGGUCUCAGUCCAAAAUACGACACAACAGAACACAGCCUUCUUCCGUCAGCACAUCGUCACAGCGUCCAAGAGGUCAGAAGACGACCUUCAUGCUGUUCCUUAUCACCCUGGUGUUUGUGCUGAGUUUCCUCCCGCAUCUUGGUCUGAUGGCAACCAGGGCUGUCAACAAACACGUGUUUGACCACCUUCAAGGAGCUGCGAUGACUGCUUACAAUCUGUUCCUGAGGUCGUAUUUUAUAAACAGUGCCUCUAAUCCCAUCAUCUACAGCUUCUGUAAUGAACAUUUCCGUCGGGAACUGAACCACCUUUGGAGCAAACUGAAGUGCCGAGCUUAAGAUAAGUUUUAUUAUGAAUGUUUAUUAACGCUUGUAUAAAAUUUGCCUUGGAGAUAAUGUAACGAGAUGUGUUGCCAUACAUCUAACUGACUUAAUAUGAUUGGAUGUUUGUUGUUUUACGCCGCACUCAGCAAUAUUCCAGUUAUGGCGGUCUGUAAAUAAUCGAGUCUGGACCAGACAUGCCAGUGAUUGACAUCAUGAACAUCGAUCUCCGCAACUGGGAUAUGAU